AUGAUGAGGCAAAAUAGAAACAGUAGGAGAGGUAAAACAAACUUUAGAAAUGGAAGGUUGAAUAAUGAUAAUGACAAAAAUGAUGGAAGGUGCUAUGAAUGUGGGAAACAUGGACACAUUCAAGCUGAAUGCCCCGAAUUGAAGAAGAAACUCAACAGGAACUUUCAAAAGAAAAAGUCUUUUGGAGCCUGGAGUGAUGAAGAGGAAUCUGACCAUGAAAAAAUUGCAAAUAUGUGUUUCAUGGCCAUAAAAGAAAACAGCAAUGAGGACUCAGGUGAACUUGGGCUCAUGGCAGACAAAAGAAUGGAUGAUGAAGAAGACUCAUGUGAACUUGGUCUUAUGGCAGACGAAAGAACUAGUGAGGUACGUCUUCCUACAUGUCCUAAUUGUUAUGAACUUCAAGAGUUUGUUGAUAUUGCUCUUGCAGAUAUUGAGAGAGUUCUAAAUGAACUCAGAAAAAUCAAAAGAGAAAAUAAAGACUGGGCUUUGAAGUUGGAAGUUUAUGAAAUUGAGCGUGAUAUGCUUCAAGAUGAAGUUAAUGGACUUCAACUUCAACUGAAUAGAUUGCAAAAAUCCACCAGUCAUAGUUCUGUCAAAUCAAAUCAGAUUGUUCCUCACAUAUCUUUGAUUAGGACUAGAAAUCCUACUACAUAUUCCUACUGUGGCAAAAAUGGUCAUAACACUAACCAAUGCAGGAAUAGAAUUAGAGAAGAAAGAGGCUCUAAAAUCCCAAUAAUCCUUCUUGUUUCUAUUGCGGAAAGCUUGGGCACACGUCUAACCGUUUCAGGUUCAAGGACAAAAGGAGAUGGGUUUGGCGACCUAAAUCUUUCAGUCAAGCUAAUACUCAGAAAUCUAAGCAGGCUUGGGUACCUAAAAAUAGUUAUUCAAAAUGGUCACCAAUCUAGAUGGAGGAACAGCACCUUUGGAGAUAAAUCAAAAGGAAACAUAACUAGAGUUGGAAAGGUUCCCCUCAUCUCAACAUGUGAUGUAGAUAAAGUAUACAUGGUUGAUGAACUUAGUUACAAUCUUCUCGGUAUUAGUCAACUAUAUAACGAUGACUAUGAGGUUCGUUUUAAGAAACAUGGUUGGUUUAUAGAAGACGAAUCGGGUAAAGUUAUUCUCUCUGGUAAUAGAGACAGAAAUAUCUAUACUAUCAGUAAUGUAGAUAAUCUUGAUAAUCAAAUUUGUCUAGCAUCUAUGAUUGAUGAUCCCUGGGUAUGGCAUAGAAAGCUUGGCCAUGCUAGCAUGCAUACUAUUCAAAAACUCCCCAAAAAUGAUCUUCUCAUUGGUCUUCCAAAACUAGAUUUUUCAAAUGAUCAAUUUUGUGAUGCAUGUCAAUUAGGUAAACAAACUUGUUCUUCUUUCAACAUCAAAAAUAUUGUCUCUACUACUAAACCUCUUCAACUCAUGCAUAUGGACCUAUUUGGUCCAACUAGAACUGCUAGCAUUGGUGGUAGAAAAUAUGUUUUUGUUAUUUUAGAUGAUUUCUCUCAUUUCGCUUGGGUUAUUUUUCUAAGUCAUAAAGAUGAAGCUCUAAGGAAUUUUGAAGUUUUUUGUAAGAAGGUUCAAUGUGAGAAAGGUUACUACAUUUCCACUAUCAAAAGUGACUAUGGAGGAGAAUUUGAAAGCAGGGCUUUUGAAAACUUAUGCAAUGAUCAAGGAAUCUCUCAUAACUUCUCUUCUCCAAGAUCAGCUCAACAGAACGGAGUGGCAAAAGCUGUGAGCACGGCAUGUCAUAUUAUUAACAUAUGGAACAGUAAGAAACCCAACAUCAGAUAUUUUCACCCAUUUAGAUGCAAAUGCUUCAUUCAUAAUAAUGGAAAGGACAAUCUGGGUAAGCUCGAUCCAAAGAGCGACGAAGACACUAACCCUCGCCCAAGGAAUGAAAAACUUCCUGAAUAUGAGGAAAUUUCCAUAGUGCCAAAGUCUAUCAAUACAGGUAAAAUCACUCCUGAACAAAAGACUGAUCAACAGGAUCAGUCGACUAUGAAUCUUUCAGAAAAUCAGGAGUCUACUACAAUCGAUCCAACAAAUUCUGUCGGAAAAUAG